AUGGCUGAUUUUGCGGCAACGUCGCUGGGGCCACCGGGGCGCUUUCAGCAACUGAUCGAAGAGCUGGUGGCACAGCAUGACCGGGAAGUACAGCUCUUGAAGUCCGAGAACGAACAACUGCAAGAGCAAAUAAUUUCGGUAGGUAUCGAUUACGCGCACGAGGAAACACACGGCUUAAAACUUGAAAUUGAGCAGCUCAAUGAAGAGAUCAGACGUUUGCAGCGUGGAGGGGAUCCGGAGGAGCGUUGUAUGGAGCAUCCUCUGCGGGAGGAAGCUGCAGAGAUGUUGUCUGGACCCCCCACCAUCACCGUAGAUUGCCUGGAAGAACUGCCGGAAGUGCGCCAGGGAGAAGUGGAACCAGAAAGUGGCCGGGGUGCAAGUAGAACUCGAGUUGCGCCAGAACCUUUGGAAUUAGACGAAAAUUCAAAACCAAGAUUGAGCUUUCUGAAUCAGGGAGAAAGUCCUCGGGAAAGUCCUGAACGAGAAUCCAUUAGAGAAUCGGUUGAGUUGAACCGAUCAGUGUCGCUGAGCCGAGCAGUCUCGCACGAGGACCAGUUGGUGGUUGUCAGGGCCAUAGCCUAUGCAGUUCAGCUGCCUGGUUCAACCUUGCCAGGUGACUGGGACCCUGCGGAGGGUAAACUGGUUGUAACGGUGAACUGUGGUGAAAUGAGCGGAGACAUUCCUAUGAAAGCAGCCCUUCAGCAGGAAGUACCAGCAGAAACUGCAUUGCCUCAUCAAAUCAGCAAUGAUGUGACUUGGGUUGCGGCAUGGGGAGAAGAAGGUGGUGAGGUGCUCCUGCACGUGCCGCGGUCCAUGCUUGACAAGAGCAUCCCUUUCGAUGUCCAAAGCGUUGGUUCAGCCAUUCGCAUUGGCAGCGGAAGGAUGCAGCUAAAUUGCACGCGCCAGCAAUGGAUACUUGACUGCGGUGGUUUUCUCGAAAGCGAAAUUCACAUCGAGAAGGCAACUACGCCUGCUGGGAUGCGCCGCACUAGCAUCACCACGCGGGCCAGAAUCAUUGAGAGGUUGGAGAAACUCUUUGAUGUCAAAGAUGGGGCAGCCAAAGUUGUAAUGCCAGCAGACUUGGGCUUGGCAAUGCACAAUGCCACCCUUCUGAACACAAGGUCCGCAAAGAGACAAUCCGCAAAAUUUGAGUCGCGACUGGCACCAGAAGAUCUAGAUGAGGUCAUGAUUGAGCUGAAGAGGAUCCACCAGAAAGCUAUAGAGAAGAUACGUAAAGCAGUUCAUUCGCAGCCUGUCCUUUCCUGGAGUUCCUUUGUAGACACCAGUCUGCAAGGAAUGCAUGCUGCUGCAAGACUUGCCAAAGUUCUCAUCGGGGCAUGCCGUGAUGGCCUCAGCCCCGCCAUAGCCCUGUCCUUGCCUUGGCACGCAGCCAUGUUAGCCGAAGGAGCUUUGCACCUUUUCAUAGUUCAGCGAGAACUCUUGGGAGAUGAGAUGCCGGCCACAGGCACUUCACAGGCGCUACUCAUGGCCUAUGAAAAAGCCAAGAAACCUGUUUCGACCUCCCAGCGGUGGGUCAGCAUUGUUACGGCGCUGUCUACAGCAGCCAUCAUUGUCAGUUUCGCUUUCAUGGGCAUCUCCCUGGACACUGAUCCAGAUUGGCCAGGGUGGAUCAUUCUGGAUGGCAUUUGUGCGAUUAUUUUUGUUGCGGAGGUGGUUGUGAAAUCUUUUGUGGCGGUGACUGAAAUCAUCCUAAGCGUCUUGUUUGUCAGUGCUGGUGCCCAAACGCGGGCGGCCCUGGCGCUUCGUGGGCUCCGGCUCGCCCGAAUGGCUCGCCUGGCGAAACUGAUGCGAAUGCCGUUGCUCGAGGAGUUAGCAAAUCUCAUCUCGGGUUCGAUCACUUUCUGGGUGAUGAUCUUUUUGUGGCUCAUUGUUUAUGUUAUUGCUCUUGGUUUCCGGGCUGGUGUCCAAACAGUCUCGCAAUCAACUACGGACAGAUGUGGCUAUGGAGACUAUUAUGAGUUCAAGCUCCCGGACUUGGACGGCGACGAUGAUGGCAUGACGGGCAUGACGGGCAUGACGGACCCGCCUCUCCCACCCGGUUGCAAACUGCACUACAUGUAUGGCGUGGAGUUUUGCGGCUCCGUCUUUGGUUGCAUGUUCUCUAUCUUCCGAUGCAUGAUCAGCGAGUGCACGUCCAAAGGCAAUGGGCCGGGGGUUUCGAGUUGCGUCGUGCCGAAGCGAAUGCUGAUCAUGUCUCUUCAUCUGCUCCUUUUGGCGAUGCUACCGCCGCGGCGGUGUGUUCAAGCGGCGGCUGAGUGCGAGUGGUCAGUGCCUGUGGUCAAGCGUGGCAGGUCGCUGACCAUGAUCUUUAGCGAUGGAUUUGGUAUCCAGUUCGACGUGUUCUAUGCAGUACUUUUUGGUCUCUUCAAUAUCAUAACUGCAAUUUUUGUCGAGGCCACUCUGAACGGUUUGAAGGAAAAUGAGGUUCAAAGGAGAUAUGCCAAAGCAUAUGAAUCCAACUACAUGACAGAACAGCUUGCCAAGCUCGUCAUGACGGUAUCCACCCAAGUGCAAAAACUCAGAAGCAGGACUGCUUUGCCAGCGAUUUUGGGGUUGAGGCACUGCAUUGCAGGUGCAAAACCAGUUUUCUAUGCAAACUGUGCAGGGGAGAAACAAGCACUCAUUGAAGGCAAGGGGCUGACGAUUAGUGCGGCCUUCACCUGCUAUGAGAGCCCGAAUCUCUUUGAAUCUGCCUUGAAAAUGCUCAUGCAUGAGAAUGAGGAGUUCCAGUGUGGAAAUGACAAACGGUGCCCAAGGAGUGUGGAGCCACGACCAGGGAUCUUCGAAGCUUUCAGCACAGAGCAAGAUGGAACCGUAUCUUUGUCAGAGCUGGUGCCAGGGCCUCAGUCCUCACCUGUGACAGAUCACUGGUGCUUGUGUCAUUGGCGGCUGUGGGAAACAGAUUGGAGACGCUUUGCUGCAUUUAGCUAUGUCGAUUUGCAUUGUCAAAGUCGUGGCCACCCGAGCAGCAUCCAAGAUAGCGAUGCCGAAGGCAAUCGCAGCUUCGGAGAAUGCCGUUUCACCUGGCAGAUUUUUAUAGCGAAGGAUCGGGAAGUGCAACUCCUGAAGCAGCAGAAGAUAGAAUUGCAAGAGCAAAUCAUCUCCUUGGACAUGGCUGGACAUGAGCGGGAGGAACGCGAGCUUCCUGAGCUUGAGACCAGCGAUGAGGCCGCACCAUUCCUAGAGGAGCCUUCCACCGAGCAUCCCCUGCGACAGGAAGCUAAUCUGGAAAUGUUGCCUGGGCCCCCGACUGUCACUAUAGAGUGCUUGCCAGAAGGGCAUCAUGCCAAGGCCGAGGCAGAGGUGGAACCAGCGAGUGCUUCCAGACCAAGCUCUCCCGCAAGAGCUCGACCAAGAGCUCGACUUGCACCAGAACCACUGGAACCGCUGGAGACUUUCAAGCCCUCGAAUCCGGAAGGUGAACCUGUUCGGCUGAGUCAAACAUCGGACCAGGUGGAAGUAGUCAGGGCCAUUGCCUACACUCUUCAGUUACCUGGUUCAGCCUUACCAGGCGAAGUGGACACCGCCAAGGGGCAAAUGGUGGUCACGGUGAAGUGCGGUGAGAUGACUGGAGAUAUUCCGACCGCGGCUGCGCUUCGGCAGGACGGACCCCAGGAGGCUGAAUUACCUAAUCAGAUCAGCAGCGACGAAACUUGGGCCACGGCAUGGGAUAACACAGGCGGUGAAGUGCUCCUGCACGUGCCGCGGUCCAUGCUUGACAAGAGCAUCCCAUUCGAUGUCCAAACCGCUGGUUCAGCAAUUCACAUUGCUAGCGGAAUGAUGCAGCUCAAUUCCGAGCGACAGCAGUGGACGCUUGACUGCGGUGGUUUUCUCGAGAGCGAAAUUCACGUUGAGAAGGCGAAGACCCCGCCUGGGACCAUGCGCCGUGCCAGCACAACCACACGGGCCAGAAUCGUUGAGAGGUUGGAAAGACUAUUUGAUGUGAAAGAUGGGGCUGCCAAAGUUGUAAUGCCAGCAGAUUUGGGUCUUGCUAUGCGCAAUGCUGGGGUUUUGAAUGCAAAGUCUUCGAAAAGACAAUCCACUAAAUUUGAGUCGCGGCUAGCGCCUGAAGACCUGGAUGAGGUCGUGAUUGAGUUGAAGAGGAUCUCGCAGAAGACCAUGGCCAAAGGGAAACCUUGCAAAUCAGUUUCAUUACAGCCUGUUAUUUCGUGGUCUUCCUUCGUGGAGUGUAUGCAGAUGGAAAAUUUACCCACAUUCACAUCAGGGCAUGCCGCUUUGCACCUUUUCAUUGUUCAGCAAGAACUCCUUGGAGAUGAGAUGAAAGCAACAGGCACUUCCCAGGCACUUCUCAUGGCUUAUGAAAAGGCCAAGAAACCAAUUUCAACCUCCCAGCGAUGGGUGCGAGUUGUUACCGCGCUGUCCACGGCGGCUAUCAUUGUCAGCUUUGCUUUCAUGGGCAUCUCCCUGGACACUGAUCCAGACUGGCCAGGGUGGAUCAUUCUGGACAGCGUUUGUGCAGUGAUCUUCGUCGCCGAGGUGGUCGUGAAAUCCUAUGUGAUCACCCCUUCAGUGUACUUUUGUGGGCGUGACUACGUUUGGAAUUUGUUCGAUGUGGGCCUUUCUCUCGUAGCGGUGACUGAAAUCAUUCUGAGCGUCUUGUUCGCCAGCGAGGGUGCCCAGACGCGGGCGGCCCUGGCGCUUCGUGGGCUCCGGCUCGCCCGAAUGGCUCGCCUGGCGAAACUGAUGCGAAUGCCGUUGCUCGAGGAGUUAGCAAAUCUCAUCUCGGGCUUUGUCAUCAGUGUUCGAUCGCUUUUCUGGGUGAUGAUCUUUUUGUGGCUCAUUGUUUAUGUCAUCGCUCUUGGUUUCCGGGCUGGUGUCCAAACAGUCUCCGAGUCCACUCCAGAGAGAUGUGGCUACGGAGACUUUUACAACUGGAAGUACAGGGACAUCAAUAACCUCGCUGAUGAUGAAGAGACGGAGCCGCCCCUUCCGCCGGGCUGCAAGCUGCACUAUAUGUACGGCGUUGAGUUUUGUGGAACGGUCUUUGGCUGCAUGUUCUCCAUCUUCCGGUGCAUGAUCAGCGAGUGCACGUCCAAAGGUGGCAGGUCGCUGACCAUGAUCUUUAGCGAUGGAUUUGGUAUCCAGUUCGACGUGUUCUAUGCAGCAGCUAUGGUAGUAGUACUUUUUGGUCUCUUCAACAUCAUAACUGCAAUUUUUGUCGAAGCCACUCUGAACGGUUUGAAGGAAAAUGAGGUUCAACGGAGAUACGCCAAAGCCUACGAAACCAACUACAUGACGGAACAGCUUGCCAAACUCGUCAUGACGGUAUCCACACAAGUGCAAAAACUCAGAAGCAGGACGGCUUUGCCAGCAAUUUUGGGGCUGAGGGAAACUACGACCAAUGCCUUCGAAACCCUUGGGCGUGGCGAGACCUAUUUGAGCGAGGAGGAGUUCAAUCAACUGGUUAGACAGCCGGAUGUCAGACUAAUCCUGAACGACCUGGACGUGAGUGUGGAGCCACGACCAGGAAUCUUUGACGCUUUCAACACAGAACCUGAUGGAACCGUAUCUUUGUCAGAGCUGGUGUCUGGUCUGAUGAGACUGCGAGGAGACCUUCACAAAGUUGAUAUGGUCAUCGCGCAAAUGAGUCUGGAUCACAUGCAGAAGCAAAUCGCGGAUAUCAGAAAGGCCGCAGUCGAGAGCAAGCUUCGCAAAACUCGUUCUCAAAAGAAAGGCCCUGUCCAAGUCAGAGUUUUGGCCACCCGCUCAGCGAUGCCAAAGGCAGUCGCUGCGCCGCAGAAUGCUGUAUCACAGCCUUAA